GAAAAGGCGAACUGGGUUCACAUCAGACCGAUUUUGACCGCAUGGGAUGACACAUUUUUAACAGAAAAAGCUUAAAGCAAUUUGAAGAUAUCGAAAGAGAAGGUUAAGCCGUCAAAUGUAUUGGAAAAAUGAGGCUUUGGCCCCUCUAUCAGAGGGAAAUCAGUUUCUAUCCGAAGGAAUUCCUUCAAAACAGGUGAUCUCUCCAGACUCGCACAGCACACCGGGAGCAUCGCGCUGCGUGGACGGACAGCACGGACGCGCGAUGUCGCAGUCUGACGGAGAAUCUCACAGGUCUAACAUGGAGAAAGACGACACGCGCUCUUCGCCCAGUCCGCCCUCGACUCCGUCCAUCUGCUCGCCCGCGUCCAGCGCCUCCUCCACCGGGAAGAACGUGUGCGCGAGCUGCGGUCUCGAGAUCCUGGACAGAUAUCUGCUCAAGGUUAAUAAUCUGAUCUGGCACGUGAGGUGUCUGGAGUGUUCCGUUUGCAGGACGUCACUACGUCAACACGGCAGCUGCUACAUUAAAAAUAAGGAAAUCUUCUGUAAAAUGGAUUAUUUCAGUAGGUUUGGUACAAAGUGUGCCCGCUGUGGCCGGCAGAUCUACGCCAGCGACUGGGUACGUAGAGCCAGAGGCAAUGCCUACCAUCUGGCCUGCUUUGCCUGCUUCUCCUGCAAACGGCAGCUGUCCACAGGCGAGGAGUUCGGGCUGGUGGAGGAGAAAGUACUUUGUCGGAUCCAUUACGACACAAUGGUGGAGAACCUGAAACGGGCCGCUGAGAGUGGAAGCGGACUCACUCUGGAGGGGGCGGUGCCGUCAGAACAGGACAGUCAACCAAAACCGGCUAAAAGGGCACGAACGUCCUUCACUGCAGAACAACUGCAGGUAAUGCAGGCGCAGUUUGCACAGGACAACAACCCUGACGCUCAGACCCUGCAGAAGCUGGCAGACAUGACAGGACUGAGCAGACGAGUCAUACAGGUUUGGUUUCAAAACUGCAGAGCGAGACAUAAAAAGCACACUCCACAGCACAGCGGUCCACCUCAAGCUCACCCGCAGGCCCGCAUGCCCCCCUCGCUGCCCGACGAGCUGCAUUACUCCCCUUUCGGCACUCCUGAGAGAGCACGCAUGGUGGCCCUGCACGGGUACAUCGAAAGCCAUCCAUUCUCAGUGCUCACUACACAGAGCCUCCCUCAUCAGGCCAUGACAUUGCCGCAGCUCCCUCUCAGCCGCUAACACCCACGCCUCGCACUGACCCCUGACCCCUUCACCCUGACCUCCUGCUCCAAACCUCAGAGGUCGGAUCUGGCUGAAGGAGAGGGUCAUGCUCCCUCUUGCUCUUGACCUCUGAACUCGCAAAGAGAGAGACUGUUUCCUCUCUGGUUUCAUUGGACAGGAUUGAACUCGCCUGCAUCUAGUCACUCUCGGUUAAGGAAAACCGCAUACGUGACCUGUGAAUUUAGGACUUUGUCACCAAGACCAGGAUCUGGACUUUUGGACAAAAAAAAGACUCGAGCACACACUGUAAAAGACUAGCGCUCUUGGUGCGUCCUCUCUUCUGAUUGUCUCUUCUGACUCGUGUUCAGCGUUUGGAGACUCAAAAGGAAUGUAAAGUUACCAGCAUCAGUGUUAAACAUUUAGAUUGAAAAAGGCAAAAGCACAAGAAAUGUGGAUGGGAAAUAAAUGGCAUAGGACCAGGUGGUAAGACAAAUUUUAUCUUUUUUUCCUUGCCGAAACACACCACGAUUGAACAUGGAAUCUGUACUAAGCCAGUGAAAUGAAUUUUAGCUACAGUUCAGUUAACUUUUUCUUGCUUUCUUGUUCUUACACCAGUAUGCAAAGCAUAUGUGUUUUCUUGGGCCUAAAAAGCCAGCAGGCUUGAUUUGUCCACAUAUUUCAAUUUAAAAAAUAAUUGUACUUCAAUUCCUUAAAGGCCUUAAAGUCCAUCAAACAUAACUGCAAAUUGUUUUUGCAAUUAUUUUAACGACAUCUUGUUUUGAAAGCAGAUCAUUUUAGAAAAGUGAAAUUGAUUCCUUUUAAAUCCAGGUAAAAUGUUAAAUAAUAAUUUCUAUAGUUUAAAAAGAUGUCAAAACCUUUUAUAUCUUCCCUAACAUUUAUUCUUUUCCAAAAUGAAUUUCAAUAACUCUCGUCAUUGCAGUUUACCUGCAAUCAUAGCCUACAAAUGACACUGAUCUUAGUGUCAAAUCAAAUCAAAUCAAAUCAAAUCAAAUCAAAUCAAAA